CCUACGGCACGGUUCAUUCGCGGAUCACUCAUAAUGUCGUAUAUCGGCGACAUCGUGCCCCGUCAUUUUCUACAUCUCAUUAUAUCAAGCGGGGACUCUUUUGCUUCUCACAGGCUUGAUCGGACCUUGCCCCCAUUCGCCUCUCUAGUUCAAAUAACAGCUAGUACGACCAUCGAUGCCUCGAAAGGGUAGUACCAAAGUUAGGACGGGAUGUCUAACAUGCAAGAUUCGUAAGGUAAAAUGUGAUGAAAGUAAGCCGCACUGUCAUCGCUGCGUAUCUACCGGCCGUAAAUGCGACGGAUAUGCGCCGCCACCAUCGUCAUCGGCUCUAUCGUGGCAUCGCCCGCGUCACCUAUUCCCAAAUGUUAAUGAUGUAGGAGAGAGACGAGCCUUGCAAUUCUUUUGUCAAGCUGCCGGACCUUCUCUAUCUGGUCCGAUGGACCCUUACUUCUGGACCCAUCUUGUUAUGCAAUUCAGCACUUUCGAACCGGCCGUUAGACAUUCGGUGGUUGCAAUCAGCUCCCUUUACGAACAAAUAUGUUCCAAGCCAAACUCGGUACGGUUAUUAACUGACAACAGACUCGCACUGUGUCACUAUAAUUCAGCCAUCAAGGAGUUGAAAUCCAUGAACAAUGAGCCCUUAGUUUUGCUAGUUUGUAUCCUAUUUGUAUGUAUCGAGUUUCUGCUAGGGAACAGAGAACCGGCAAUCGAACAUUGCAAGCAUGGUGUCGUCAUCCUGGAGAAUGUUGAAGCUUCAUAUCCCUGGGCGAAGAAAUACCUUUCGCCAAUAUUUCGUCGGCUGACCCUUUUCCCAUUCUUCUUCGCCACCGACCCAUCAUGUUUUCCAAAGCUUCUUGGGUUGAACGACCAACUCCCAGCAUCUUUCGAAUCACUCGAACAAGCACAGUUCUACAUAGACGCAAUCACAACGAGAACCGUUAGUCUAGUUCGGCGAGGAGAUCGUUAUCGACUCGAAGAAAUGCGCGAUACCCCUGUAUCACCAGAACUCCUGGAAGAACAAGAGAAGAUACAGGCUCUGUUGGAUAGAUGGCAUUCUCUUUUCUUAGACUUGAAGGAUAUUUCAUCCGCAGCUAGUUGGUCGGAAGAGACGGUUUGUAACGUCCUUCUAAGAUAUGAUAUCUCCAGGAUAUGGGUGGACACAGUAUUCGAAUAUGAAGAAAUGAUAUACGACAAGUAUAUCGAUAAGUUUCGUUUAAUAGUCGCCCGAGCAAUUGAGCUACAGUCAUCCAAAACUCCUAGAUCAAGCGAUGCCCGAAGUCCUCCGAAAUUCAUCUUCGAAAUGGGAUUCAUGCCACUACUUUACUACGUCGUCCUCAGAUGUCGGUGCCUCGCAACCCGGACUCAUGCACUGUCACUUAUGAAGACACUUGGAGCUACCAGAGAGUGCUUGUGGGACACCUGUACAAUGUACGCGGUCGGUCGUCGUGUAAUAGAGAUCGAACACGACUUUCUGUUCGAAGAGAAAGGCCGGCCUUCUACGCCACCCCGUUAUCCAGGUCUACCCCCUGAUGAAGUGAGAGUACGGGACACUACCACAAGCCCUAUUCCGACAAUACAAGUUGAUGCCCUAGGCCGGGAGAUUGGAGGGAGGAUGACAGGGUUUUUUAGGCGCAAACGUGAUGGUAGUAUUUACCUUCAGACUGAAUUUAUUGUUGAAACAUAGCGAUAUAUAAGAUAGCAUCGAUGAUAUCAUAAUGUACACAUGAAACAAC